AUGUUCACCAUCUUGAUUGCCGCGGUGGUGGAUGUGGCAACUUUUACGGGAAUCGCUGCAGCAGAUAAUCUUGUCCUGUACUACCCGGUGUAUCCGCAAUAUGUUGUACCGAGGCAUUUGCAAAAUUUUGAGAGGAAUGCUCCACCAAGAGUAUAUGCAAAGAAUCCGGAUCUUCCAUCUUCGGGAAUUGUAUGGCUCAAUAAGAAUUUAAAAGGAGAUGCAAUCGAUUGGAAAGCUCGGCCAGAAUCAGAAAAGUUAACGACGACAGGAAGCAGUCGGCAAAGGAUUGAUUCCGAUCGAAGUGGCACCACACCGGAUCAAGCAUUCGUGUCCGCCGUCACACCGAUCAUUGCUCCAGAGAGCGUAAGGCACAAAUAUUUGAAUUUUCUUUUAAUUCAUUAA